AACGCUGUUUACAAUCAGGAUGGUGGUUGGCUCAUGCUAAGUGCCGAGGGAGAAAACAACGUUUAUAAUUAUAUAUUAUAGGUACUUUGCUCGAGAAUCACCACCUAUGGCAACUCAGAUCCCUAUAACCGUCAAGACUCCCCCGCCAGCCGCCAGCACCGCCGCUUUCCGUGGGAAGAAACGUCCCGGCAGUCCCGCGGUUUCAGCCGCUCAGCAGAGCACCGGGAACAGCAGCAAGAAGAAGAAAGGACAGCCAGUGGUUACUACAGCAACAACCCAGGCACAGAUGACAACAGUAGAGACGGUGGCUGAGGUGAAUGCCUUGGGAUCGGCGGACAGCGGUCCAACCAGCACCAUCACAGAGUCCACUGUAAAGCCUCCACCAUUUAAAGACCACACAUUCAUGCAUUCGGGAAUUGGCGGAGCAGCAGCAGGCAAAAAGAACCGGACCUGGAAGAACCUCAAACAGAUUCUGGCAUUGGAGCGUACCUUACCCUGGAAGCUCAAUGAUCCCAACUACUACAACAUUGAUGCUCCGCCAUCCCUGAAACCAGCCAAGAAAUACUCAGACAUCUCUGGACUCCCUGCAAACUACACAGACCCACAGACAAAGCUGCGCUUCACAUCUUCUGAGGAGUUCUCCUACAUCCGUCUCCUGCCCACUGAUGUUGUUACAGGCUAUCUCGCUCUUCGAAAGGCAACGUGCAUUGUGCCCUGACAGUCGAGCAAGGCUUCAAAGCUAAAACAGGUUCAAACCUGAACUCACCUCAUGUCAGCGUAGGAAGCUGUCAGGCCAGCGAGGAGAGCAGGUAGUCUAGACAGUUGCUGGAGAUCAAAAGCUGACUGUAGCUAACCGUUUGCACUGUUGUUAGUAGCAGGGUGAGCUACAUCUUAAUUGUUACUAUGUGACAAAAUCAAUUAAACAAAAUUGAUUUUCCUUUCAUCUAGAAAGAUUGUGUUGCGCAAUUGCUUAUUCUUUUUAUAAGGCAUGUUUCUGUCAGUAGCUGGAUGUUACAUUGUAAAUAUCCCAGUGGGAAAAGUUCAUUCAGAAGUCAGCAACAGGAUGUGCUUCUGCUUAUUCGUUUUAAAAAAAAAUCUCCUCAAAUGUAAAUGUUAUGUUCCCAUUACGUCUCCCUUCUUCCUCCUUCCUCCCUGCUGUAGUAACUGUUUACACGCAAGUUUCUGUGUCCCACUUUGUUAUAAUGAUCUGUGCUUUCAUUGGUGGAAAUGAAGAGUAGAAGACCAAUUUUUAACCUGUUUUUCCCCCCCCCGUCUUUUUCAUUGACUCAGUUACUUUUCAUAAUGUGCCUAUUAAAACUAGCUUGAAUGUG